AUGGCGAGCAAGGUGGUCGGAAGUCGAGCAUUGACGGGCUGCAAUCCAACCCGCCUGGUACAGAGAUCCACCCCCAUCAGAGUCUCGAGGGUUAUAGCAACAACCCCUAGUAUCGACCGCAAACAUUUCAACACCUCGUCGAAGCGACAAGCCGAGGCUCUGACCGAGCAGCAAAAGGCGAUCGUCAAGUCAACAGCACCCGUUCUUCAGGAACAUGGCGUCACUAUCACGAGCCUUUUCUACAAACGACUACUAAACAACCAUCCCACUCUGCGCAACAUAUUCAACACGGCACACCAAGAGACCGGUGCUCAGCCGGCUGCUCUGGCGCACGCUGUUUGGGCUUAUGCCAACAAUAUUGACAACCUGGGCGCGCUGACCACGGCGGUGUCGAGAAUCGGGCACAAGCACGCCAGCCUCGACAUCCAGCCAGAUCAAUACCCGAUCGUGGGCGAAGAGUUACUCGCUGCGAUCAAAGAGGUGCUCGGCGAGGCUGUGACUGACGACAUACUCGACGCGUGGAAAGCUGCCUAUGCCCAGCUCGCAGAUAUCUUUAUCAAUUUUGAACGGGACCUCUACAAGCAGGCCGAGAAGACUACAGGGGGAUGGAACGGGUGGCGCACAUUCACCGUGGCGAAGAAGGUGCAUGAGAGCGACGAGAUCGUCUCUUUCUACCUCGAACCUGCAGACAAGGGAGCCCUCCCAGGAUUCCAGUCGGGCCAGUAUGUGUCGGUCAGGGUCUUCCUCCCGGAACUCGGCGUCUACCAGCCACGACAGUACAGCCUGUCGGACAUCCCAGACGGCAAGCACUUUCGGAUAUCGGUGAAGAAGGAGUCUGCCAGGGGACAAAUCCCCGCCGGGAGGAUCUCGAACGUGCUGCACGAGGAUAUCCCCGAAGGAGCACAGAUCGACGUCAGCAUGCCGCGGGGAGACUUUUUCCUCGACGUCGACGCCGACACGCCCGUGGUAUUGAUCAGCGCCGGGGUCGGGAUCACGCCCAUGCUGUCCAUGUUGGGCACCGUGAUCGGGCAGAACAACACUCGACCCGUCAGCUUCAUCCACGCGGUCCGCUCGGCCCACGUCCACGCCAUGAAGGACUACCUCGCGCGGGUGGUGGAGAAGAACCCGCAGGUGAAAAAGGCCGUGUUUUACGAGCACGUCGAGGACGGCGACAAAAAGGGCCGCGACUAUGACUUUGAGGGGCGCAUCGAGUUCGACAAGGUCAAGGAUCUCGCCCUGCUCCCCGACGCCCAGUACUAUCUCUGCGGGCCGAUCCCGUUCAUGCAGCUCCAGCAACGGGAACUGGAGGCGUUGGGCGUGCCCAAGGAGCGCAUCCACUCCGAGGUCUUUGGGUCGGGUGUCGCGUGA